CCAGGGCCGGAGCUAACAAGCCGAUAAAAAAAGAAAAAAGGCACGCUAGCAGAACCUCCUAGAAGUUCCCUCCGAACCUCCUAGGUUUCCCCAACGGAACCUCCCACAACCUUCUUUCCCUUUCCAGAACCUUCACAUUCGCCCCUUCCCCACUCCUAUAUAACCUCCCCAAUAACCUCUCCUACCCAUCAAAAAACAAAAUCCACUCGACGCACCAAUCCAAAUUAAACAAAAACCGUUACCUACUACUACUACUACUUCGCAUCAUCCCAUUAGACAUGGAUUUCAGGCUAAUGGGUCUGGACACCCCGAUCCUCCACGCGCUCCUCGACGCUGCCAACACAGCCUCGGCGGAUGACAAGUCUGCCGCUAACGUGCCUUCCCGGACCUACGUCAGGGAUGCCAAGGCGAUGGCGGCGACCCCCGCGGACGUGAAGGAGUACCCGAACUCGUACGUCUUCAUCGUGGACAUGCCCGGGUUGAAGUCCGGGGACAUCAAGGUCCAAGUCGAGGACGACAACAUGCUGCUUGUAAGCGGAGAGAGGAAGAGGGAGGAGGAGGAGAAGGACGGGGCCAAGUAUGUGAGGAUGGAGAGGAGGGUCGGGAAGUUCAUGAGGAAGUUUGUUCUGCCGGAGAAUGCUAACACGGACGAGGUGUCGGCUGUUUGUCAGGAUGGGGUGCUCACUGUGACGGUUCAGAAGUUGCCGCCUCCGGAGCCGAAGAAGCCCAAGACUGUUGAGGUUAAGAUCGGUUGAGGCUUGGGAGAGAGAGAGAGAGAGAGAGAGAGAGAGAGAUGUAUCUUGAAUGAUGGGUAUGAAUAAAUCAAGAGGGUCUGUUUUUGUUUUCGUUCUGUGUUUCAGUUUCUCCCCCCCGUGUUUAAAGCCAGGUUGUAAUGGCAUUGUACGCAUAUUUUGCCUAGAUCGGUCUCUAUCCACUAUAUCUUUGUUUUUAA